CCGAGAAACCUCCUGGUGAGUGCCCGAUGCACCAUGUACUGUGUAGUGGCAAGACGGAACCGACCAUUCAUUCAGGGUCCACGAACACUCCGAUGGCCCUUGUCGAACACGGUAAAGGCCAGGUUGCCUGCAAUCGAUGGUGUUCCCACUAGUAAACGGCGCCUGGUCGAUGUUAAUUUACGUCAACCACGAGUUCCAGCAAGGAUUGUCGCCCGGGUGGGUGGAAUGCCGUCUGCCUGCUGUCAGUAGUAGAUAGAUAGUCCUCUAUCUAUCUUCUGUCUGUCAGUGUCAGUGUCAGUGUCAGUGUCAAUGUGCCCUGUCAGCACUCUGUUGUUGCCGUUCGGCCAUUCCAUGGGUUUGCAGCUUCGAGCCGAGUUUGACCCAACCGAGGCCCCGAGAAAGCAGAAAGUCACACCUCGCAAAAAACUGCUGCCCGAGCAGAAACCAGGAAUGAUUGCGUACUGGAUCGCGGGGCGGCAGAGCGACUCAAGAUUUGCUCCACCGCAAGAGCCGAACCGGGAAACGUAAACAGUCUUCCGUGUAGAGCAACUCCCAAACAGUGAAACACGCACCACCGCCGGUAACAUGGCGGACGGUGGGAAGAGCUCGUCCUUCUUGUGUACUUUCUUCCACGAUGGAUGGAUAGACGGUCUGCCUG